UUCUCGCUAAUGGAUUUCCUUCUUAUUGGUGUCUGUUUAAACUGGCUGCUGAGGAAGCCCCCAGGGUUGAUCCUGUGUACACUGGGUAUCUUUUUCAAAAUGCUUCCAGCCGUGAAUAGUGGGUGUCCACAGCUCUGUCGGUGUGAGGGCAGGCUUUUGUACUGCGAGUCGCUGAAUCUCACAGAGAUGCCGCACAACCUGUCGGGCGUGAUGGGCUUGUCGUUGCGGUACAACAGCCUCUCUGAGCUGCAUGAUGGACAGUUCACAGGGUUAAUGCAACUCACGUGGCUCUAUCUGGAUCACAAUCACAUUUGCUCAGUGGAGGGAAAUGCCUUUCAAAAGCUGCGGAGAGUUAAAGAACUCACUCUGAGUUCCAACAAAAUCACACAACUGCCCAACACCACCUUCCGGCCCAUGCCGAAUCUGCGCAGUGUGGAUUUAUCCUACAAUAAUCUGCAGGCUUUGGAGCCGGACCUGUUUCAUGGGUUGCGGAAGCUGACAACUCUGCACAUGCGGUCCAAUGCCAUCAAGUUUGUGCCCGUUCGAAUCUUCCAAGACUGCCGCAGCCUCAAAUUUCUUGACAUAGGAUACAAUCAGUUAAAAAGCCUGGCUCGAAACUCAUUUGCAGGUUUGUUUAAACUCACUGAGUUACACCUUGAGCACAAUGACCUGGUAAAAGUGAACUUGGCCCAUUUCCCAAGGCUCAUCUCCUUGCAUUCUCUCUGCCUACGGAGGAAUAAGGUCAAUAUUGUGGUGAAUUCCUUGGACUGGAUAUGGAAAUUAGAAAAAAUGGACCUCUCGGGCAAUGAGAUUGAAUACAUCGAACCUCAUGUUUUUGAAAGUGUACCUCAUCUCCAGUCCCUUCAGCUGGAUUCUAAUCGACUCACCUACAUUCAUCCAAGAAUCCUCAACUCCUGGAAAUCCCUCACUAGCAUCAGCCUUUCUGCAAAUGUCUGGGAUUGUGGCCGUAACAUUUGUGCCUUGGCCUCUUGGCUAAGCAACUUUAAAGGCCGCUAUGACAGCAACCUGCUGUGUGCAACCCCUGAAUAUGCACAGGGUGAGGAUGUCUUAGAUGCAGUCUAUGCUUUCCAUUUAUGUGAAGAUGCAGCAGACCCCACAACUGAUGUCAACCUGCUCUCUGCUGUAGCAAACAACAGUGACCAAAUGUUCAGCUACAGCCCUGCCACUGUCAACUAUGACAUGCAGGAUACUGAAGGAGACAGAACAACAAAUGCCGUUACGGUAACUAAACCCAACGAGAACGCAGAGAAUGCGGUUCAGAUUCACAAGGUGGUAACAGGGACCAUGGCCCUCAUCUUCUCUUUCCUUAUAGUGGUUUUGGUGUUGUACGUUUCAUGGAAGUGUUUCCCAGCCAGUCUUAGGCAACUGAGACAGUGUUUUGUGACACAGCGUAGAAAGCAGAAACAAAAACAAACCAUGCAUCAAAUGGCUGCUAUGUCAGCCCAGGAGUAUUAUGUUGAUUACAAACCCAACCACAUUGAAGGCGCUCUGGUGAUCAUUAAUGAGUAUGGAUCCUGUACUUGCCACCAGCAGCCAGCAAGGGAAUGUGAGGUGUGAUUUAACUCUUUUCCAGUGGGGGAAUUUAACUGAGUGUGCAACCAAAUAGCAGUGGGCCAAUAAAAAGACAGUUGGAUAAGGGUUGACUUUUGCUUACCAGUGCCCAUCUUUGAUGAAAUUGUUUUAAAAAAGAAAAGAAAAGAGGAGCUGUCCAAAAAGACUUGAUAUUUUUAGCUUUACUGUGGCUUAAUACCUUCAUGACAUUCAACUUUCAAAAAGAGAUAAGAUAUUUCACAUAACAGCUCUCUUUAAAAAAAUCUGUCAAUAGUCUG